GUUGAUGGGAUGGCUUACGGAUUGCCUUCUUUCUCCCCCACCACCCUCCUCCUUUUUCUUUCUUCUUCCAAUUCCUCCCUCUUCCUCCUCUCCGCUUCCCCUCUCCCAACUCGAUGUAAUAUAACCCUGCCCCGAACCUUCCAGAAUCUUUGAAUCCUCGAACCUACCGCACGCCUUCCCCUCCUCCCUUCAGAAACUUCCUUGACCAAGAAAAUAAAUCCAUCUUCCGAUCUCCGUCAUCUUUCCUUUCCCUGGAGGGUUUUUUCCGAGAGAAGAGGAGGACUUGUCUUGGGUUGAGAUCCGUGGAGGGAUCGGCGCUGGGAGCGAUGCCUCGUCCUCCGCCGCCGCCGGUGGAGGGGGAACAGCCGGCGUCGGUGACGGUGGUGGCGGACGGGCAGAGGUCGAUGCCCACGCCGUUCCUGACGAAGACGUACCAGCUUGUCGACGAUCCGGCCAUCGACGAUGUGAUCUCGUGGAACGAGGAUGGGAACACGUUCGUCGUCUGGCGCCCCGCCGAGUUCGCCCGGGAUCUUCUUCCCAAGUACUUCAAACACAACAACUUCUCCAGUUUCGUCCGCCAGCUCAAUACCUACGGAUUCCGGAAGAUCGUGCCGGAUAGAUGGGAGUUCGCGAACGAGUGCUUUAGAAGAGGAGAGAAGCGGCUUUUGUGCGACAUCCAUCGCCGGAAGAUAACUCCGGCGGCGGUCCAGGUAGCGGCCCCGGCGAACCAGGGCUUGUCGCCGGGGAACUCGGGCGACGAGCAGGCCCUCUCCUCAAACUCCUCCCCUGGAAGGGAGCAGCAGCAGCCGCCCGCGGCGGUGGGACGGCCAGCGGCGCCGCCGGGGUGCAGCAGCGUGCCGGAGUUGAUGGAAGAGAACGAGCGGCUCCGGAGAGAGAAUAUGCAGCUCUCACACGAGCUCGGGCAGAUGAAGAAUCUCUGCAACAACAUCCUCCUCCUCAUGUCCAAGUACGCCUCCAGCCAGCAACUGGGCGCCGCCGCCGGCGGCGGCGGCGGUGGCGGGCCACCGCUAGAGGUGGCUCCGCCCCUGGAGCUGAUGCCGGCGAGGCGGUCGCCGGAGGAGGAGCGUGUGAAAGCGGAGGUGGGGCCCAGCACGAGGCUCUUCGGCGUCCCGAUCGGACUGAAGCGCUCCCUGCGCGACGCUGCCGAGGAGGCGAACCCUUCGGGUCCGGAGGUGAAACCUGAGCCGUUGGAUCCGGGCGCCGAUCCGCAGGACUCGUCGGCCGACCACCGCCGGUGGCUCUGCUGCCCUCGACCGAACCAGCGGGUGUGCAACGGGUAGCCGGAGCACGUGAUCCAAGGACUUAAUCACGUGCCUGGCGCGCUUCCUAAAUCACAAGCCUAGAGAACUUCCUGGAAUUUGUUUUUUUUUUUUUCCCCCAUCAUGUAGAAUUAUAAUUCGACCUUUCUUGGAAAGAAACAAGAAAGCAGAGUGCUUUCCGCACUCCAUCAACGUCGCGGUAAAUGCUGCUGUCGCUGACGCGCUGAUAGAACGGAAAAGGCUCCCUCUUUGGCAUCUGAUCAAAAAGAUUCAGAGAUACGACUGCCUUUGGUUGAUUUUUC